AUUUAAAUAGCCCCUUGCGCAAUUUGAUGAAUAGUGUCGCUGUUAAAAGCGUUAGUAACAGAUGAACGCAUGUUGACAGACAGACAGCUAUCAGAGAGGAGAAGAAGGGAGGCUGCGUCAUGUCACUCCGUCACAAUUACAUGUAGUUAUCUGUCUUCGGAGCUGGAUGUCGAGGAGAGUUUGCUCAACUAUUAUCACCACCGUGCUGUCCCGGGCUUAAUGUUGUGUCGCUUCGCCUUUUUCUGGAAAAGCGAUGGAGACCAGAACAUGUCAACUCUGAGUGCGGUUUUGCAACUCUAAGCGACUUUAAGUGCUUGUGAAUAUAUAUGUAAAUAUAUUUUUGUCUUCUCGGACUUCACCGCGGGAGGAAUCCUUUGGUUCGACAAGCAUGGUGAACAGCCAAGCGCCAGGCUUACCGCCGGCCCCCAGGUCGUGUGCAGGAUGCGGGGGGAAGAUCGCCGACCGCUUUCUGCUCUUCUCCAUGGAACGCUACUGGCACACUCGCUGCCUCAAGUGCUCUUGCUGCCAAGCCCAGCUGGGGGACAUUGGCACCACCUGCUACAGCAAAGGGGGCAUGAUUCUGUGUCGGAGUGACUACAUCAGACUGUUCGGGCACAGCGGGGCAUGCAGCGCCUGCGGCCAGUCAAUCCCAGCCAACGAAAUGGUGAUGAGGGCACAGGGAAAUGUUUACCACCUCAAGUGUUUCAGCUGUGCCACCUGUAGAAACAGACUGAUGCCUGGCGAUCGCUUCCAUUACAUCAAUGGUACAAUCUUCUGUGAGCAUGACAGACCUGGCGCUGCCUUGCUCAACAGCCACCUGCCUCCUCUUCAGAGCAGCUCUGUGCUGACAGACCAGAAGGUAUGCUGAGUGUUGCCCUUUCCUCCCGAGUUUCACUUCUUUUCGGCGCACUAUUCUUCUCCUGCUACUGUCGCCGUAGUUGUGGACUGUCAUUAUUGCCCCACCUCUCUUUCCUCGGAGAGGAUGCAGUUUCACACCAAGAUAUCCUUUCCAUCAUCGUAUCAGAGGCUCUAUAUGCCGUGCACAAAGUCCCGUUUAUGUUGUCUUCGAUGUUGAAGUGGUCUGCACAUCAUGCAAAGACUUUUACAGUUUGUGUGGACUGCACUGGCAAAAGGCUCCGUCGGGACUAAGAAAGCUGGAUGAAAACAAUGAUGAUGAAAGCCUGCGCCAGCUGGAAGAGGGAACAAAAGAUGCUUGAAUGAAUGUUUGAUGGACUGCUGUAAAAUGACUGUCAAAGCUUUGCUUAUGCCAUGUGGCAUUAUUUCCCCUGAGCGUCAGUGCUUUUAAUGAACUCUUGAUCUCUCUCUUGUAUAUGUUAAUCUGAACACGCAAGGAAAACAAAAAUCUGAUGUUGCUGUCACCUAUGAUAAGUGAUUUUUCAGACCCCCUGCACAAAGUACUGAACUAAUGCAGUGAUGCAGUGUUUUUCCUGUGUAGAAUUUUAUUUCUUCAUCAGAUGCCCGUUUAAUGUGUGAGCUCAAAACAAAAAUCCUAUUAAAGUGAUUUUCCUGUAACAUUUUACAAAGUGAGGUGAGGUGAGGUCAUUUUGAAGCCCCUUGACCACGUUAGAGUGCCAUUGUUAAUGUAUGGUAGGAUGUGACUGUCUCUCUCUCGCACUCUUUAGCCCUGUAUGGUGAAAACAUGCCUGAUUACCCAGAGGAAUGGAAUUAGGGGGCUUGAGCUCUGACCAUUUACAGAAGCAAUUAAACAUGAGCCCUGUAUCUGUGCUGCUGGAGCUCCUGGGAGGCUGAACUUGGGGCAUAUCCCGUGGCUGACUGGCUCGGUGGCUGCCUGCCUGCUUGCCUGCCUCUAAUAAAGCCUAAUCUGAAAGCAGGCUAAUUAAAGGGGAGUGGCCCCCUCUACAUCCAGGGCAUUCGAAACAAUCUGAUGUAUUUACUGUUUACCAUGUUCCAAUUAAAGCUCCCACACAGCCUG